UCCAGUAGUUCUGAGUUUUAUUUCGCUGUACCAUUUAACUUAGGGACAUGGAGGAUAAAGCUGACAAGAAAGAUGGAGUAGCUAAAAUAUGGGAUACUUUUCUGUCCACAACUUCAGCUCACAGUUUGAGCCACGUACCAAUAGCAGCGGGAUUCGGAGGCCGCAUGUACUGGUACGUACUCUUUCUUGGAGUGUUGGCUGUCGCUUGCUAUCAGAUAUCUCUCCUGGUUUCGGAUUACCUGGACUAUCCAGUACUUAUGAAUAUCAGGGUUGUGAAUGAACCUAAUUUGGUAUUUCCAUCUGUCACCGUAUGCAACCAGAAUCGUCUUAUGUCAUCGAAAGUUAAAAACACAAGAUUUCAAGACAUCCCUGACAUAGACAAAGCUUUCUGUGCGUGUAGAUACGUGGGUGGUUUGUCCGCUCAGUCCGAUGGAAAAAGCAGAAGAAAAAGAAGCACUGCUGAAUCAUGCGUUGAUGUCCAGGAAUCGGGAAUCGACUGGACACGAAUUCACCACCUGAAUAAGAAAACAUACAUCGAAAGAUUCCAAAAGGAGUAUGACGAUAUGCGACAAGAAAUGCCUGAUCACAGUGAACAUGAAGUAUUGGAUAAGCUCCAUGCACGUCUUUUAGAACCAAUGAAAAAAAGAGUGAAAAGAAGUCACGUUAUGGACACAACACCUCCAAAUUCUGGAUGGAUUGAUUACAGCAAGGUCAAAGGAGUAAACGACUGGUGGGGAUUACUGAACUCAACAUCGGCCGAUAACUUGGCUUUGAUAGGAAGUUUAGUUCGGGCAACAGCAAAUGAAACUAAACAUCUUGGACAUCAACCUGAAGAUUUUAUUGUCCAAUGUAGUUUUGAUAAUAGUCCAUGCUCUUACAGGGAUUUUCGAAUGUUCCAGCAUAAGAGAUAUGGGAAUUGCUUUACAUUCAAUCAUGGUACAUUGGGUGAUCAAUUGAGAUUUACAAGUCGUUCAGGAACUUCAUAUGGAUUGAAGAUGACCCUUUUUAUUGACCAAGAAGAGUACAUUGGCCUCCUAACACCAGAGGCAGGCGUACGUACUAUAGUUCAUCGUCCGUUCACUGUACCUUUUCCGGAAGAUGAUGGAUUCGAUUGUAGACCUGGAACAUCGACUACAUUUGGCAUAAGACAGCAUGAAAUUCAUCGCACUAAACUACCUUACGGAGGAGAAGAUUGUACCGACGGCAUUUAUGAAGAUCGUCCAGUCUACGAUGGAGCUUAUUCUUUUUUGGCAUGUACUAAAUCCUGCAUCCAACGUGAACUCUUGAGAAAUUGUGGAUGUGUUGAUGACAUCAACACUAUUCUGACGGAUGUUAAAAUUUGCGACAUUAUGAUUGAAAGCGAAUCUAACUGCGUCAAUUCGGUGUAUAAAAGAUUCGAAAAUGAUGACUUGAAAUGUAUCUGUAAUCAACUGUGCAACGAAACAUACUACUCCAGUCAAUACAGUGCAACUUUGUGGCCGUCCGAUCAACAUGAAGGUUACCUCUUUGCCGACAUAGCAACAAAAAGCUCUAAAGUAGCUUCCGUAUUGAAAGAAGCCCAUAAGACUCCGAAAAAUGUUGUUCGGGUGAACAUCAAUUACAUGGAAUUGAACAAAGAAAUAUUUACCGAAGUGGAGAAAUAUGGAAUUUGGGAUCUUCUGAGUAGUUUGGGAGGUUCCAUGGGUUUAUAUGUCGGAAUGUCUGUCGUAACAUUUGUGGAAUUUUUUGGAGUGUUGUUCUUUAUGUUGACGUACUGCUUGACAGCCUUAGCGCGAAAGGAUAGGGGAAUUACCCUUGUGAGGUCGAUAUCUCACGCAAGAGGAAAAGAUGGUUACGAAAACAUGAACAAUCCCGGAGAUCUGAUAAAAAUGCGAGCAAGGCCUCUCAGGGCCGUUGAUCUACUGUCAAUGAAACGUCAAUGCCGGUCAACUAGUGUUGGAUCAUCUGAAAAAAAUCUGCCAGCAUAUGAAAACGAGGGUUGGGAUACCAGAUACGGAACGGAUAAUGACUUCAGUCUUAGUGACGAAAAAAUGUAAAAUGACAUGAAAAGGGAUUUUUUUGCUUAUUAAUAUUUCUCUAUCUUUCACUCACUUGUUGCAUCUUCUAAUUUUAGUCCUAAUCACAGUAGUCACAUUUCAAUAUUAUCAAAUUUCACUUUUGAUCUUUUAUGCUCUUGAAUGUGGAAGAAUAUAACAUA